AUCACCUCUCUCUCUCUCUCUCUCGCCUUGCUCUUUUUCUCCCUCCUCGGGAGCCUUCGCCCUCCUCCUUCACAUUGCCUUUGGGCGGCUAUAUAGGCUUUGGCUUUCGCGGAGAUUGGAUUGGAAAGGGAGCUCGCGGCAAGUUUGAACCCACCCAAAACCCCAUCUUUCUCUCCCGUUUGCCUCGCCGCCGCCUCAACUCGUGGUUCUCUCUCUCUCUCCGCCGCCGUCUCCGAUCAAAUGCGGUGAGAUCUGCGUCGCGCGUGACGCCGUGGCCCGCUGGAGCUUGUUCCGUUCUGACGAGGGAGCUGCGGAGCGCUUGCUCUUGGAUCUCUCCGGCGGUCUCGGACAGUGAAGAAAAAUUAUAACUUGCAGUGUGUAAGGUUCAGGCUCCAAAAGGAUGGAUCAAUAUGAGGUAUUGGAGCAGAUUGGGAAAGGAGCAUUUGGCUCUGCACUGUUGGUGAGGCACAAGGUGGAGAAGAAGAAGUAUGUGCUGAAGAAGAUUCGUCUUGCACGACAAACCGACCGCACUCGCCGGUCUGCCCACCAGGAGAUGCAGCUUAUCGCGACGGUGAGAAACCCAUUCAUUGUGGAGUACAAAGAUUCAUGGGUGGAAAAGGGUUGCUACGUUUGCAUUGUUAUAGGUUAUUGUGAGGGAGGAGACAUGGCUGAAGCUAUUAAAAGAACUAACUGUAACCAUUUUUCUGAGGAGAAACUUUGCAAGUGGCUCGUGCAACUUCUCAUGGCUCUUGAUUAUUUGCACGCAAAUCACAUUCUUCACCGAGACGUGAAGUGCUCCAAUAUAUUUAUUGCCAGAGAUCAAAGCAUACGCCUUGGUGAUUUCGGGCUUGCAAAAAUAUUAACUUCAGAUGAUCUUGCGUCUUCUGUGGUAGGAACACCAAGUUAUAUGUGCCCAGAACUUCUUGCUGAUAUACCAUAUGGUACCAAGUCCGAUAUUUGGUCUCUAGGAUGUUGCGUAUAUGAAAUGACUGCUCUCAAGCCUGCGUUUAAAGCCUUUGACAUGCAAGCUCUGAUUAACAAGAUCACAAAGUCGAUAGUAUCGCCAUUGCCCACAAGAUAUUCUGGUGCCUUUAGGGGACUCAUCAAGAGCAUGCUGCGGAAAAGUCCAGAGCACAGACCAAGCGCUGCAGAACUGCUAAAGCACCCACAUCUUCAGCCUUAUGUGCUUCAAGUCCAAUUGAAGUCUAGUCCUUCUCGCAACGUAUCUCCAAUCUAUCAAUCUCUGACAACAAAAGUUAAGAAGAUGGCGUUUCCUAAUGAUAUAACUGAUUCUAUACGAAGAAGGGCAGCAAGAAGAAACUCUUUGGGAAAUGAGAGGACUGUAACAUUUUGCAAACCAUCUCCUGAGCGAAACUCUAUUAGCUCUACUCGGAGCAUCAAAGAAUAUACAACUACUCAGAGUGUCAAAGAGCUAUCGAUUGACAGCAGUCAAGUUGAUGACGAGGUUACCAGUAAAGCCAUUAUAACAAAGACAUCAGGCAUUCUAAGGACUCCUAAGAGUACUCCAGCCAACACAUUCACAACUAGAAAUCGGCUGGAUCCUCCAAAAACAUCUUAUACCAGAACAAACCAUAGCGAGCUGCCCUCAAGAACACCUCUAAACAAAAGCGCUCGAACAGCUCGAAGAGCAUCCCUCCCUCUGCCAACCUAUGGAACACCAAAGAAGCGCACCAUCAGCAUCCUCGACCGGCUAGACUCCCCAGAUGUCUCUGUCAAUGCACCUCGAAUUGACAGAAUUGCAGAAUUCCCACUAGCUUCAUCCGAGGACCCCUUUGUCGCCAUCAACAAGCUCUCUUCGGCUCACGGCUUGUGCUCCACACCUCCCUGCAUCAACCGGUCCAUCACCAAGGACAAGUACACGAUCCAGGUGUCACACACCGAUGGGGACAACGGAAGUGACUCGUCAGGCCGCAAUGCUACCGCCGCCUCAAGUCGGGGGUCCAAUGACUCCAGGCAGCAGCGGUUCGACACCUCGUCGUACCAGCAGCGCGCCGAGGCACUGGAAGGGCUGCUGGAGUUCAGCGCGCAGCUUCUGCAGCAGGAGAGGUAUGAGGAGCUGGGGAUCCUGCUGAAGCCGUUUGGCCCCGAGACAGCGUCUCCUAGGGAGACCGCCAUCUGGCUCACAAAGAGCUUCAAGGAGACGGCAUCAUAACCUCUCAUUCUCGGAUCAGCAUCGACAUAAUUGCCAGUUUUGUAAUGCGAGACGUAGCUCAGGUAGUUCAAACGGUAUUAGGACCGAAGUCUGUCUAGCUGCUGGGAGGCAACACCACCUCAGUGUUGCUGUUGCCCUGACUCAAGUUUCCAUCUUCUAGUCACCCUUUUGCAGUAGGAAAUUCAGUCACCAGUAGUUUUAGAAUUGUAUAAGAUGAACCCGGGAUCUGGCAAAGAUCUUGAACCUUGUAAUCAUGUGUCACUUGCAAUCAUGUAGUACUAAUUUGGAGGUCUGGAGAUCCAGUUGGCAGUAGGUUGGGUCUGUCCCAUCUCAAGGCAAGGCUGAAGAAUCAAUCCUAUGCUUGGAUCCCCUGAUCCCAGCUUCCUCUGACAAACCAUAUAUGCCUUCUUCUCAAGGCACACUCCAAUUAUAAGAGAAUAAAUGUUUAUGUCA